AUGUUCGCUUCCCACCCUCAGCCGGCAGCGGAGCCAAAAACCGACCACUUUGCCGGCUGGUUGGCCGAGUCGCAGCUUGACCUCCAGUACACCCUUCAGGGCCGUCAGCCCGACUCCAGCAGUUUGGCCAUCGGCGGCGCCUGCGAUGUCCUCAGUUUGCCGCAGUCAUUUGGGUAAGUAGGCACUGGAAUCUAGCCCAUCAGAGUGCAAGCUUGUUUCUCACUGCUGCCGGGUCGAUCAGAAAUCGACGACCUGUCGAGUAAGCCCCAUCAGACCGCACCACUUCCGUUCUCACUGAUUUACUCCCCCCCCCCCCUCUCCUCCCCCACAACGAUGAAAUUUUUCGCCGGCCAUUUUCUCCAUCGAAUACCCACUUAACCGUUUCUAGACUCGCAUUCAAAUGUGCAAGUCCAGAAAUACAUCUCAGUCGAUUUUUCGAUUGGUUAUUCUAUAGGCCAAUCGAAAAGUGUAUUAAAAAUGAACCCUGUUCCUCAUUCUGCGGUUUUCAUUUCCCCCUUGUUGUCUCCCACUGCUGUUUGGUCGAUCCAAAGUUGGCGACCUGUCCGGUAAGCCCUUGAGCCUCACCACCUCCGUCCCCCUCGGUUUUCCUCUACAACGCCGCCCUUCACAAAGAGAACCAAGUUACUCAGGUGUGCAAACUCGUAAACAUCCUACUCGAUUUUUUAUCUGACCAGUUUCUAACCAGCAAAUGUUAAGGGGAAUCGCGGAAUGAAUUAAAAGUCAUCCCGGGGUCCCAGUUGUCACUGUCUGCUGUUUUCUCCGUCACGGGCAAAUUUUGUGCUUCUAUCAGGUCCUAAACCGGUUAUAACAACCUUUUUCUGGAAGGAGCUAUUUGCUCUGCAAGCCUCAUUCUUUGGUUUCCCAUUGACCGUCAGUAAACAUCCCGUUUGUAAUUAUCUUUUGUGUGGCUGUGUAGAAUGCGGUGAGGGGGGGGGGUGGAUGCAUGUCUUCAAAGCAUUCCGAAGAUGUCGGGCUUUUGUGAACUUCCAGGCUUAAAAAUUGCACAGUUCCGGUCUUUUAAUGCUGACUAGUCUGUCCUACACAGCAUUGCCUGCAAACUCUUUUGAGGAGCUGAUUUAAGCGGUUGGCAGUAAAUUCCAAUAAUUCUCUUGAAAUUAUGACAAUAUCCUUGCCAUCCGUGUGUUGUAAAAAGUGGAAUGAUUUUUCUUUUUGAUUUUACUAUAGCCAUUCUUUUUAGGAAGGAUGCCCUACGAGCAUUCGUGUAUUGUAAAAAAAAAUUAAAAUACAAGCAAAAAUUUCAGCUGAACACUGAGUAUUAAAAGCUGUAAGUGUAGAUAAGACGCAGGGCGGUCGGCUAGCGAAUCAGUUGAGCAAUUAUACCGCGCAGACUUCCGGCGGAGUAUGGCAGAAAGUGCCUGGGACCGGCCAAGGAAACUACACGAUCCUUAAAUCAGGAUGGAGCCGUUACGUGUGUGCUACCCUGUAAGCGACGAGGACCGCUUUUGUCUGCUGACUUACGCGUCAUACGAUUUACCAUUAAAAAACCUUCCGCAACAUUCUUCAUCUACACGGGCCGCUCAUGAGCCUGCCCCCGGUCAUAUGUGAAACCUGGGGGUGCUGCGGGGGGAUUUUUUGCGUUCGCAAGCCAAUGUCGGUCUGGCGACGGCAUCUUUUUCUUCCCCUCCCCCCACCUAAAAGGGGCGAGCUUCGCACAUCGAGCUCGAGAACGGGUCGCGGCUUUGGUGCAGAGUUGGCAGAUUUCGCGAAUUAGACUGGGUCUCCUACGAGAUUACAUGUCGCUUUCGCUGCAGAAUUCUUCAGUAAUAAAGGUAGAACUGGACUGGUGUUAUGGAAUGACUGACUAGCGAGUAUAACUUGCUCUUUACAAUCGCAUCUGGAUCAAGCUUCAUCAUCGGGUCGAGGCAAAUGGUUAUGUGAUUGGAUGUGGUUACUGACUUUGUUCAGAGAACAAACGCAGACAUUGCCGCAGCAAAUUAGAGAGCGAAAAAAUGAAUUUGACUUCGAAAUAUAUGUAACUAGUUAAGGGGUUUUGAUAAAAAGGUAUAUGAGCUGCUUGCUGGCCAAUUCUCACGUAGAUAUUCAACCGGACGAUAUCAAUCGAAAUAUUAGGCAAAGUUCCUACUCCCCCCCCCCCCCCAAUGAACAUCUUGAAGUACUUUUCGGUUGUAAAAAAUCGGAAUCCAUAGUAACGGUAGAGGCUAUAAUCUCUUCCUCAGACUUAACGGUCACCAAACAGUCGGGGUCACCCAGGCGUGGGAUUGACUUGUCCGACUGACGAUGACUACUAUGCCGAAACUAGCCGUUGCAGUCUGCCUCACCUUUCCCUGUGUCUCUUUUGCAUCAUGGCCAUACUUCUACGGCCUGCGAUGUUUCGCGUUUUGCCAGUGAGCUGGUUUCUUCAUUUUGCCUCCUCCCAAACUGUAUUGCGCAAUUCGGUUUCCACACACAAUUCGCCUCCCCCCGCAUGCUGUUUUUCGGUUUAAAUGCAUCCUUAUGCACCCUUUUUAUCAGUCACUCAAUCUUGGCGAUGAUGGAAACCACAAGCUCUUCCCGCAUUAACCCUCUCCUCCCCCCCCCCCCCCGAGGCGCGCCCAGUACUCGCCGGCACAGUGUUGGCGACAGGCGUUUAGGUCUGAGCAUUUGUCCCGCUCCGAAGCUCUAUCACAGGCAGGGAGCCUAAUGUAUGCCAGAAUGUCGGCUUUUAGUUGAGUGUCCGGAGACGCAGAAGGUCUGACAUAUUGUUUGCUGAAGUAGGCUUUUACUAGACCCCACUAUUUUUAGCAACAGUUGAAACGCUUCUUUCUCUGCUUGUCGGCAUUUUGUCCAUUAUGGGUAUGGUCAGACGAAGUCGAGCACCACUGCACGUAAAUAUUUUGGUCCUCGUGGAUGGUACGUCGUUUUCUUUGCCUCCACCGACUGGCUAGUAGAGAUGAGCCGAAAUGUUUUCUCUCCUCCCCCAUGUGCAUGCUUCUAGUGUGACAACUGUACACCACUAUGGUCUACUGACUGGGCAGAUCCUUUCGCUGUAGCGGGGUCUGGGCCUCCCUCCUGCUUAAGACUGCGUGCUGUCCCCCCCCCCCGACAGUAGCCUUUCAUGUUUACUUCUUUCACGGUUAACUCCGACGCCCCCUCCUUCAAAGUGGUCCUUAGAGUCGCUGAAUUUUACGAUCAUCAGGCAUGACGGUUUCAUGGCAAAAAGUUUGCCUCAUUUCAUUUGUAGGAAGUCCCACUUGAUUUAUGUGGCAUGGUUGGCUAAGUAAAACAAUUUUAGUUAACAUACCUAACUGAGACACCCGCUGUAUUAGGAAGGGAAGAAGAGCGCAAACAGAGCUCGAAGCACGCGCAGAGAAGCAAAUGAAGUCGGCGUGUACACACUCCCCCCCCCCGCGACACAGGCACUCGCAGGAUUGAGAGGAUAAGGAGGGCGAGCAAUCACAACUGGAAGGCCACGGAGGGAGCCGCGUGUUUGUCCGCAGUGCAUGGCCACUAUAGUGGGGGCGACGGAGUUCCACUCCGUCCGAACAGUUCCAUCAGCAAACCUACUCAUCCACUCACUGGAUUGAGAUGAUAAAUAGAGCGCAAGCAGGCCUCGAAGCACGCGCAGGGAAGCGCGUGUGAACUGAUGCCUCAUGUUACCCAGGCUGGCGUAUAAACACUCCCUCCCCCGGGGCACAGACACUCGCCGAAUUAAAACAGUAAGGAAGGCGUAAACACGAGAUACAAGUAAAGUCAACAUAAUCUCACGUACUAAAAUUGUUUUAGGAAGCUAACCAUAUGACGUCAAUCAAGUGAGGUUGCAGGACAAAACCCCGCCCCUUCGUAUUCUACAGUCCAUCCGCCAACUUUCCUACAUGAAACGAUGCCUUAGCAAUCAUGAUUGGAAAGUUUGCUAACUGCCAAUAAAAACGAAGAGACGAGUCCCAGGAAGCAGUCUCGAAGAAGCAGAAACGAUCGCUGGUACAAGAGCUUUAUUAGCCUGACGUUUCGGAUUCCUGCCCGAACAUAUCAUCAGAGACAAAACUAGAUACCAGUUUGCCAACUGGCGAGACGAUUCGGUUUUUGAGACGGAGAGCGGGAUCGUGGUGGCCGUUAUAAGAGCGCUCGGAAUACGCGAGGCCUAGUCAAGGUGGGGUUAGGGACGACUGUGUGUGCUGCGACUUUGGAAGUGGUGGAGUUUCCGAUAUAUGGUAUCAAUCAAGUGGGACUGCAGGAUCAAACCUCGCCCACGUUUUUAUUGCCGACUGGAAUCAAACGAAAAGCAUUCCGAUCACCCGCCCUUCCAACGCGCAUUUCGAACCACGGUCGAACUCGUGAGACGGCUCUCAGUGCACCUUGGCAACGAUCACCCAGGGGGCACUUUAUCCACCCCCCCCCCCUUUGUCCAAAUCGACGAGGAUCACCACUGCCUAGGGCGGUAGCAGUGUCUUGCAUUUGAUUUGGAUUAAAUGAUGGCGAAGACUUGUGUAACCUCUAGCUGCGUAGUUCGCCAGUCCCAAGUGAUGAGGUGCACCACAAGGUGGUCACACCAGCGACAUGCACGUGAGUGCUUAUAGUGAAGCCGCAUCCACCUGCCUUCAUUCUUUUGCACGCCUAUCACCUCCUGACAGCAAGGUAAGGAAGCCAAGACAAUCAGAAAGGUUUAUAGGCGCACUGACUGGCAUGGGUAAGCAGCUUGUCUGCGUGUGCCGCGCAGGAGUGGGAAUGCGGGGGGGGGUGUCUCGCAUCUCACACGAGUGGCGGAGGUACCAAAAAGGUCACUUAGGGAAGGAGUCAUUGCGGACUGUCUCACGUCCUGAGGGAGGGAGGGCGAAUUGUUCCUUCAGUUGUCAACCUUUCACGCCUGGUCUGUCGUGCCUGGUAGUGAAUAGUGCGCUGAACUGUCGUUUACAAACGAUUCCCAGGAACUGGCUUACCAAUUUCCCUUCUCCCAUAUAUCAGCGGCCCGUACGGUGACAAAGCGACUGGAAUUAGCCUACGGCACUUAAACUGCUCCUUCACCUGCUGUGUAGAACUGUUAGGCCUGUGAGUUCAGUGGCUAUGAUUGACAAUGUAUAAAGCUCCUGUCUGACAGUUGGACUGUCCGUUGCCGACGCUGUCCACCGUGUGCUCCACAGCAGGUGGAGAGCAGGGACAGCGACUUGAGUGUGAAUUGGUUUAUAGUGACAGUAGACUCGCGCAGCAUCUACCGCACUCUCCCCUCCUUACCCACCUAGGCCCGAUGUUAAGACAAAGUCGAGAAGACCGAAGGCGAGAGAGGGCGCAGGUGGCUGGCACGGCGUAAACCUGCACCAAGGCGUAUCACCGCACCCUCUGGUCCACAACCAAUACUUGACCAGGAUUUCACACCCAAAAAGAGAAGAGUGAGGUGGCUCGGAUCCCACGGAGUGAGAUUGCCGUGGGGGCCAGAUUGUGAAGGAGCCAUUGCAGCCUGACCGACAGUCCACCAGUUCGCCAUUCCUUACGAACACUCUCUGGACUGACUGCGAUGUCCAAGUUAUGCCGUCAGUUGCUGCCUACCAAGACACGGUUUUUAGCGCACAGUGGUAGGCGUGUCGGAUUGUUUAUAGUGAGGAAAAUGCGCUGCGUCUUCGACCUCACUCUCAGGCCCCAGGAGACACACGGAAAAAGGAACCAAAAAGCACACUUUCCACUUACGUGUGAGGUGCCGUUGUUGUGGGAUUUUGGAGGGGGGUGUGUGUUGAUGGGUGUGAAUAUGUAGUACUGUGGUCGUGUCUACGGUGAUUUACCGUGGGCUUUUAUGAAUGCGCAUGCGACCCAUGCGAGGUCCCAUGCGGUUGCUGCAUUCGCGAGGGCAAGGCGGACAGUUGAGGCGACUGUGUCUGAUCCCUGUUGGUGCUGUCUUUCCUUAUUCCCUGGCCCCAGCCACUAUCGGAGCCGGUCGGUCGUCUGGUGCUGGGAAUGGGCGCAGUGGUUGGCAUAGGCAGUGGCCUCGUCUGCGCGUUCCACGUACACGACCCCUUCCCGGCCGAGGAGCACAAUUCUCACUCACGUGAGAGGUGCCAAUAACGUGCUUACGCUGUGUGAUGUUGGGUGUGUGGAAAUGUGUGAUGUAGGUGCUGAUAAGGAGAGAUGUGAGAUGGUACGGUGUAGCCGGCGGUGUUUUGCCGCAGGUCUUCAUGGAGGCGCAUGUGGCCCACCAGACCCAUGCGACGAGUGAGUGUGUGUGCGCAGUUGAGGUGACGGCGACUGAACCAGGCUUCAUAUGCACGCGUAAGGCAAACCUCAGCGGCGGCUCCAUCUGGUUUAGCCCGCCAGUUGAAGGGAUGAUCAAGGUGUGGCCGCUGCGCACAGUGCAUCUUCGUGGCGCCACAGAUGUAAGCUGAAUGCCAGAUUGGAGGAAACAGGACAAUCACAGCACGCAUUAGCUUUCGUGGAGUGAGCCAUCAUUCCUGUGAGUUGCUCUCGCAGUCUAGACAUUCCCUGCAUCCGAACGUUGAGCACAUUUUCCGCGGGCGGUACAAGUACAAGCCGACCGACAAUCUGUGCGAUGUGCGCGUAACGCUCCGUUCUGCACGCAGUCUGGUCUCAUCGCACCCCUAAAGCGGACUUCGUUUACUCGGACUUGAGACUGUUCGCAAAGGUUGACCUGUCGUCAUAGGGCUUCUGCAGAACACCUACCACAUUAUCUACUUGAUUACCGUUUUGGCUACCCGACGACACUAUCGCCGGCAAAAGAACGGGCCAGCAGAUGCCAGCGAAUAUGCGAGUUCCAGAAACUAGUUGAUAAGAAGCAGAAGCGAUCUCUGGAACAAGGGCUUUAUUCGCCUGACGUUUCGGACUCACGCUCAAACCCAUCAUCAGAGGCAAUGACAGAUAUGGGCUAGCGUACCUACCACGUGGCCCGUCUUGGGGCGUAGAAAGUAUUCACGGCAAAUGCAUAGCGGAGAAAUUCCGUUCCUGCGAAGGCCAGCAUUUAGGAGGACGUCAUUUCAUACUAAACGAGUAACAGCAACAGCGCAUCAUACGGGGAAUAUGGCCAGAAGUCAUGAAUACGUGUUGCGUAACUGCCCACUUUUUCCGGUGAUAAAACGACUCGGGACGCAAAUUCAACAAAUGCGGCAGCUUGUUAAUCUUUUUUUUAAUGAACUCCACUUAAUUUGUUAUUUUCGAAGACUUAUUCACCGUCACUGCCGAUAUUUCAGAAUCCUCAGCACCUACAGUAGGUGACGCAAGUCAUAAAACACUAGCCGGAAUAGUAAAAUGUUUUUUACCGCAUAAAGAAUUAAUUAAAUGCGGUUGUAAUACUGAUUAUUAUACAGCACAAUCCCAAUACGCACCAGGAUGCCGACUUUUAAAUUCACUACUUUCCGACCGUCCGCAAAAGCCGCACCCGAUAAAAGACGACUACAUGCUAUUGAUUUUCGACGCUCUGCAAAUCCAAGGAUAUUCUAUAAAAGCAUGCACACAUAUCCCUCCUUGUAAUCAUUUCGUAGCAGAUAACGUUUUCUCAAAAUGUUAUACUCGAGGAAAGGGUAUGUUCUGGUUUCGAAAGACUUGUACUUUGAGAUUCUUUAAGGCCGCGAAAUGUCCAUUAAAACGUUCUCCCAACUGUUUUUGUUAGUGCUGAUUGUGAAGUAUGCUACGUGUGGAUGGCAAUUUAGAUUACGAGUAACACCACGCUAAGUAGGACGGAGUGAAAUGCCGCUUACAAACACCCCGCUCAGCGUCCUCUUUUUCUGCCGUGUUAAAGAAGCAGACAACCUUGCAUCUCGCUCCGCGAUUUGUUUUUCGACCUCCAAAGCGUUUUUCCACCAUCUCCAAACAUCCCUCAUGCGUGUUUUUUUUUCAUACUUUUAGGUCGCUUUUCCUGGGCGAAACCUUCUCCUGUCACAUUAAUCUACACAACGAGAGUCUAAUUGAAUGUCGCAACGUCACCCUGAAGGCGAGUGUCUCUUCCUUCGCCUCCUCCUCCUUUUUCCUAGCCCUCUGA